UGACUUUUUCCCCCUCUCGAUGCCAGACAUAUAUCUUACAACUCAGACUUCUUUUUCCCACAAGUUCUGGGACUUUUCCAUAAAACAAGUCAGCAAAUGGUUCAGGCUUAUUCUAGUUAGUCUGACUUACUUCGAAUGAAACUAAUUGACAACAAGUCCGACUCAAAUGAACCUGGCUUAUUUGGUAAACUUGUUUUGGUGAAGCAUGCCAUGCGCCAAGGGUCACGAUUACCUUUCAUUAUGAUGAUGACUUACACGGAAGGAGCAAUCAACCACUAAGUUAAACAAAAAAGUUUACACAGGGAACGUACUAUAAGUGCUGCAAGACAAGUCACGGUUACCUUUUAUGAUUAUGAUGAUCCAUGGAAAUGGGCCUACAACACGGAAGAGCCUAUAAAGAGGCAACCCACCCCAGAAACAGUACUAUCUAGAAAAGUGAAGUGAGUCUUCAUCUCAUACAGGCAAUUUAAUGCAUGCUUUUCUGUAGGGGUAAAACUUUUAGGUUAGAGUACUCCUUUAAGACCCUUGGCACCGCUGUGAGAGCUCCUGGUGGCAAUAGCACUAUACGUAUAAAUGCAUUUCUCAGGUGAGUGUAAAUGAAAACGCUCACAUGAGGAACGAAAAGUUUGCGCUGCAUCAUAAAAGCCCACGCGACUCAAAGUAAACCCCAUGUGACCGAGUACGCGGGUUAUUUCCUGGCCACCGUGGCCAACUUUUGUCAAAGGAGGGAGGAGUUCAAUCAGUCCAACGCAGCAAAUUAAGGAUCUCUGUCAUCGCGUUACUCACAAAUGCCAUCAUGUCCACGGCGUUCAGGUCGUGCUUUGUGCUCUGCGGCUUCGUCCUGGCGUACUUUACCUACUUGUUGUUGGGAGCGCUGGUUUUCUCCGCCAUCGAGCGACCCGUCGAAGAGACCCUGAAGUCCGACCUGAGCGCCCUGAAAGCCGAGUUCCUCAACCUGAGCUGCAUCGACGCCGCGGCUCUCGAGGGCUUCCUGGAGAAGGUUCUGAGGGCGAAUAAAUACGGCGUGUCGGUGCUCGAAAACACCACGCUCCGGACGAACUGGGACCUGGCGUCCUCUCUGUUCUUCGCCAACACGAUGGUCACGACAGUGGGAUACGGCCACACGACGCCGCUCUCUGACGCAGGGAAAGCGUUCUCCAUCGUGUACGCUCUGAUCGGCGUGCCCUUCACCAUGCUAGUGCUCACAGCCUGCGUCCAGCGCCUCAUGCACCCUCUGACCUACGGGCCGAUCUCUGCGUGUCAGCGGAGGGCAGGCCUGCAGCCGCGCGCCGCCAGUCUGCUGCACUUCAUCGUCCUGCUGUUUCUGGUGGUGCUCGGCUUCUUCGUGUUGCCCGCGCUGGUGUUCAGCGCCAUAGAAGAAACCUGGUCUUUCUUGGACGCCUUCUACUUCUGCUUCAUCUCCCUCUGCACUAUAGGACUGGGAGACUUUGUGCCGGCAGAAAAGCCUGGUCAGAGGCUCAGAGCUUUGUACAAGAUAUCAGUCAUGGUCUACCUGUUUGUGGGUUUGAUGGUCAUGUUCCUGGUCCUCCGUACUUUCCACAAGCUUGCAGAUGUGCACGGCUGGACCGCUUUCUUCCAGCUGCCCAGCUGUGAGGAGGAAGACGAGGAUAAAGAGCCAAUAAUAGAGCGAGAGCCUGAUGAUGAAUCUCCCGAGGCCGAGAAGGCCUCAAUUAAGCCUCUGGAUCCCAACUCUCAAGUGUCCUACAACUCCAUUAACAGAUAAAACACCGGUCUGCUCCACAUUCAGAUGAAGUCACCCUUUUUUCACGAUGUCCUGUACUUAGAAGGUGUCUGGACAUUUAACACCAGCACGUUGCAAUUUAAGGUCAAGCCAGUGGAGUAUGAACAUGUGCAAUACAGUACACCUCACUGUUGGUCAGAACUGCUUCUGAUGCUUUGUAGGAGCGAAACAUCUGGGAAGGACGUUUUCAAGAACCAAAUGGGCUCCCGUUCCGUUCGGUUUUUGUUGAGUUGCCAAAUCUGAUAUUUGAGACUAUAGGGAUAUUGACACUGCCUUAGGAAAUUGAACAUUUCUAAAUUGUUCCGUUUGUGUAGUGUUUGUAACUGAAGACUGGUUGCAUGGGCCACAGAAACAGGAAGAGAAUGUUGCUGCUCGCCCUCAGCCUGUGUGUGUGUGUGUGUGUGUGUGUGUGUGUGUGUGUGUAAAAUGAAUUGAAUUAUUGUUUCCGAAACUAGUUAACUGUGGUUCUUGAUGUCCAGGAACGUGGAGAGCUUCAGAUGCACUUUAUAAUUGGCUUUUUACUUAGGUUUGUGCAGCCAGUGGUUACGCGAACACUUUCGUCUUUAUUACAGUACUGUACGUCCAUUAAAUAUUCUUUGUAUCAUUUACAAUUGUAUUUUCAAUGUUGGAUUGUAGGGAAGUAAACGGUGUCUGAUGUAUACUGUCAGAAGAACAAAAGCUGUUUUAAGAAAUGCAUGCAGAGAAAAAUAAAAUGAAUUUUGGUA